AUGCGCUCAUCACUCUCCUCGCUCGUCGCGAUACUGCUCUUCGGCGCAUUGCCUGUUUCAGUGUCGACGCAAGACACUGACAAUGUUACUUUUUCAGCAUGCCCUCUUAUCGGCGCAUAUUACCCUCCGCCAACUAUUUCCAAGUCAUCGGGUGCAUUCAGUCAACUCGCAUCCACAUUCACCGAUGUCUUUGACGAACUCGUCAAGGAUGGCGGCAGCGAGAAAUACGGUUCCAUCAUGCCCAACACAACCUCCUUUUCCGUGGUCCUCUUUGGCGGCUCACAUUCUCUUCGUGAAGAUCCCAUCUUCUUUGAAUACCACUAUACCUCUCCCGCGGACCAGUCUGUUACCGGCGCAAGUCUCACCUCAAGCACAAAGUUCCCCGUUGGCGAUGUGACCAUGGUAUUCACUGUAUACGCGUGGCUAGUCGAUAAGGGCGAGCAGUGGGAGGAGUCCAUUACUAAAUACCUACCAGAGCUGGCUCGUAUCGAGGGACCGCUCACGGUUCCUUGGGAAGAUGUUACGAUUGGGUCGUUGGCAGGCCAAAUGUCUGGACUAAGUCGUCAAUCCUUCGCGAGCGACUUUGCCGAAAAGUCCCCCAUUUUCCUCCCCGACACCACCCCCAUGGUUUCUUACGCGGCGUUCCAGCUCCUCGCGUUUGCAAUGCAGAGGGAAAACGGUCACAAGAGAGGAAAUCACUCCUGGGCUUCGGUUCUCGAAAAGACUCUACUACGAUCUCUAAACAUGACUUCCACGAGUCUUUUGUGCGAUAAUAUGACCGAUGUGUUCGCCAUUGAUGGGUUGAAUAUUUCACAAAUCGGCGAACCUGGCGCCCUAUCCCUCGUCAGUUCGAUUGAGGAUCUGGCCCGCGCCGGCCACUCUAUGCUAUCGUCGACACUCCUUGCCCCUGCAAUCACUCGGCGCUGGCUACAUGCUAAUGCAGACACAUCUAAUCUGCGCAAUGGUGUCGGCCGUCCCUGGGAGGUAUACCGUGCUGGGUCCUCCGCCAUCUCGCCUGUUCUCGACGUGUUGACCAAGUCUGGCACUAUCGGACAAUAUGCAAGCUACUUCGGUCUUGCACCAGAUUUUGGAGCUGGUUUCGCCAUUUUAGCGCACGAUAGCACUGUCCAGGACCGCAAGCUCGAUCUCAACGUUUAUGCCGACAUUGUCAGUGAGUCUCUUGGCUAUAUGCAGGUAUUUGCAGCCAAGGAAUUGGCCCUACGGUAUGCCGGCAGAUACGAGGGUGAAGACCAUGCUGUAGCUGUUCUCAACCUUACUGAUGAUGGACCGGGCUUGGAGGUCCAAAGCUUGAUUCUUGGCGAGGUGGACUUGAAGGCUGAAGUCGCCAAGAAACUCGAUGUCAAGCUCGCAAACCUGGACUUCAGAAUCUACCCGACAAAUGUGCAGGAUACGAGCAAGCACCAAUUCGUCGCUGUUUUCCAGGAUAAGAGUGCUCCAAUCGAUAUGGGCACCCCAACGUGCAUCACUUGGCAGGAAGUUGGUGCGACAACUGGCAUCAAGUACAGCCUGGUCUUUCUUCUAGAUACAGGUGGCAAUGCUGUCGGCCUGGAACUCCUCAACGCACAAACGGUCUUUAAGCGGAUGGAAUAA